AUGGAUGUCAAGAAAAAGACCUUCUUAGAGAACUUGCGUGUGAAAACUAAGUUUCCUAACCUGAAGAAGCAAGGUAAAAAGCCACUUGCCAAGCAGGGGAGGAUGCUGGCCCACCGGCGCAGUAUCUCCGUACCAGACCUAAGGUUUGUGCCAGGUGAAACAUUUUCAACAGAGAGCCACUCUGGUGCCAUCUUUUUUGGCAUUUCCCCUGGUUUCAGUGAUACUGAUUCUAUUGCAAGUGGCUCAAUCCCUGAUGGGCCGCUUUUCACAGAAAAACUGACCGAUUCAGUCCCAGAAACUAGACUCAGAGUUUCCACAGAUAACAGAGCUACAGGGUUUAACAGAAUAAGUGCACCAGUAGAGGCAUCAACCCUGUAUGAGGAAAUUAAUGAUGCGAUAAAAUCAGGCUCUGAGACAAAUGUGAACUUGACUGGAGAAGCCGUGUAUGCACAGGUGAAUAAAAGAGCCAAGGAAAAUGCACCAAAAUUUACUUUUGAGCCUAUUCCUGCACCAAGAUCUGUUUAUAAAAAUGCACAAGUCCUGUCACCAAGACCAGACCUUGGAGAGAGAGAAAAUCUCCUUGGUGAAAUAGUUUGCAUCCUUGAAGACACCACAUUAGACAUAGUGCCUCAAGGUUCAAUUGCUGCAGCAUUGGCCAGAGCAAACUCACUGGGAGAUCAGGUGAGCCCUUACAUAGAAAAGAAGACCACAAUGUUUGAGCAGAAAAAGGCAUCAUUUGAAAAUCUGACUCCACCAGCAAUCAGAGGAAAUACUCCUGGAGACAGGACGUCUCUGGUCAUAGAUACUCUGGGUACACCUCAGGAGAGUGCAGAUGGCCUCUCUCUGGACUCUGCCUGUGAUACUCCCAACGAGGACCGAGUCAACAUGACCUGGACAACAGACUCGGAGGAACUCGAACGAGAACUCUUCCCUCCCUCGACGAUGAAAGAGUUAUGCAUGGAAGAGACUCUGCAAGGAGGCCAGCUUGAGGAUCCCCUGGAAGAAAUAGCAGAGGUUAAGGACCCCCAAGGACCUGUCCCACUUCAGAGGUACCUCCUGAGCAUCAAUCUAAAGCAGGGAAAGAACCUGGUCAUCAGAGACAAGCGCUCCGGUACCAGCGAUCCUUAUGUGAAGUUCAAACUUGAAGGAAAACAGUUCUAUAAAAGCAAAGUGGUUUAUAAAAACCUGAAUCCACGAUGGAAUGAGUCCUUCUCCCAUCCUCUACGAGACAGAGAGCAUAUUGUGGAAGUUCGGGUCUAUGAUAAAAAUCGAACGAGUGACGACUUCAUGGGUUCCAGCACUAUUUCACUGAAAAAUCUUGACUUGUACAAAACCUAUGAAAUGGAGUUGCGUCUUGAUGAUCCGAAAAGUAAGGAAGAUGACAUGGGAGUUAUUCUCGUUGAUGUCUGCCUAAUGUUUAGAGAUGCCACCAUCAAACGAGGCCCUUAUGCCAAGUGUCCUGCCUCCCCACACUCAGCCUGGGAGCCAGUGAUGAGUGGGACUGUCACAGCCAGGGACAUCUGGCUGCUCGCUGACGUCCCUCUCUUCCUCUCACUCCAGGAGCCUCAGUGGUGUGGCUUGCCUGUCAGAAGAGAUGUGCUAAUGUGCUCCAACAGAGAUGUGCUGUAUAGUCAGAACCAGGCCACCCCAACUGGGCGUCCAGCUGAAGUGCCGAAGAAUCAGCUAAAGAACCAGAUGUGGACAGGAGUGCUCAGUAUCACCUUGGUGGAGGGACUGGAUCUGCCGCAAUAUGGUCAUGGGGACAUUUAUGUCCGCUUUCGACUUGGUGAUCAGAAGUACAAGAGCAAGAACCUUUGCAUUCAGCCCAAUCCCCAGUGGAGAGAGCAGUUUGACUUCAAUCAGUUUGAAGUUAUCCAGGAACCUCUGCAGGUGGAGGUGUACUCUAAGAGAGGAAGGAAGGGUGAAGAAUCAUGGGGGAUGUUUGACAUUGACCAAUCGAGACUUCAGCUUAAUGAGAGACAGCUCUACACUCAGGCACUGGAUCCAGGAAAGGGCAGACUGGUGUGUUUGGUCACUCUUAGACCCAGCUGGGGAGUCUCCAUCUCUGACUCUGAGACAGCUACCUUGGAGAAGCCCGACGAGAGAGACAAGCUAAUGGAGAAAUUCAGCUUAAAGAACUCUCACAAGUCUGUGGGCGAGGUCGGUUUCCUUCAGGUCAAGGUUAUAAAGGCAAAUGAUCUUCCAGCAACAGACCUCAAUGGAAAAAGCAACCCCUUGUGUGUUAUUGAGCUCGGAAACAGCAAACUUCAAACUCACGCAGUCCACAAGACCCUCAAUCCUGAGUGGAACAAAGCAUUGACAUUCCCAAUUAAGGACAUUCAUGAUGUGAUAGAGUUGACUGUCCUGGAUGAAAAUGGAGACAACAUAUUGGGGAAAGUGGCCAUUCCAUUAUUGACUGUUCAGAAUGGACAGCAGAUAUGUCUGUUCUUGAAGAAAGAAGACUUGGAAAGUGCGUCUAAAGGAACUGUCACACUGGAGCUGGAGGUUGUCUACAACAAAGUCAGAGCUGGUAUCAGAACCUUCCGACCAAAGGAGGGAAAAUUAAUGGAGGAAAACCCAAAGUUCUCCAAGAAGCUUCUUGCCCGGAAUAUAUAUCGGGUUCGAAAAAUCAGCACAGCAGUUCUGUACACGUUACAGUACAUUAAAAGCUGUUUUCAAUGGGAGAGCACACAACGGAGUCUAAUAGCAUUUCUGAUCUUCCUGGUGACGGUGUGGCACGGGGAGCUCUUCAUGCUGCCCCUCUUCCUGCUUCUGCUCAUCGGCUGGAACUACUUCCACCUCACCAAAGGGAAGGCCAGUUCCAACCAAGACCUGGUGAACAUGAGCAUUGGCGACGACGAAGAGGAGGGCGAGAAGGAAUCCGGAAAAAAGGGUUUGAUGGAUAAGAUACAUAUGGUGCAGGAAGUAGUGUUGGCUGUCCAGAACGCUUUGGAAGAACUCUCAAACAUUGGAGAGCGAAUCAAAAACAUAUUCAACUGGUCGGUCCCAUUCCUGUCAUGUCUGGCAUGCUUAGUGCUGUUUCUGGCAACAGCACUGUUAUAUUUUAUCCCAGUGCGAUAUAUUGUGCUGAUAUGGGGCGUUAACAAAUUUACCAAGAAGCUGCGCAACCCAUAUACUAUUGACAAUAAUGAAAUACUGGAUUUCCUCAAGAGGGUGCCUUCUGAUGUUCAAAAGGUGCAGUACAGCGCGUUGAGAGCGCCCACCAGCCAGAGCCAGCCACGGAAGAAAAGGUAA